GAUGGCAUCGCCAGUCGUUGGGUGACAGAGUGUUCGGAAGCAUGUCGGAGCAGCCAGAGAACACCAGCUACGAGCAGGAGUGCCAACGGGCGGAGUUGCUGGGCCUCCAGCCGCCGGAUCCCGAGGAAUUCGAGCGCAAGCGGCAGGCGAGAUUGGAGCACGAGUUGGCCGAGCAGGAGGCCGCCGAGGCGGUGCUGUUGGAGCAACAAGACGAGAGCCUUGGCAAUGUGGGUGGCAAGCUGGGCGAGCUCAAUAGCAUCCUGUCCAGCACGCAGCAGAAGCUGAAUCGCUUCAAGCAAACUGCCUGUGGCAGUCUGACCAACAUAUUUGCACGGGGCAGCUCGGGCUCGGUGGAUCUUUCGGCGGGCAUUGGUAGAUCGGGCUCAAUCGCCAGUCAGGAGGAGCGUCCUCCUGUCCAGGAACAACCGGUGGCCAAGCCACCGCCGACGGCUGCCGAGGUUAGCGCCGCCAAGGCGGCCAAGCAGAAGCGCAUGGACUCGCAGCUGGACAAGCUGGAUGCGCUGAUCAACCAGGCGGACAACGCUCAGAUAGCCAUGAGUGAGCAGACCCAGCAGAUGCGUCGCCUGGCCAAGUGAAGUGCCCCCAUCGAGCAGGUGAUGAUCCAUUGCUGAUCCGCAAGGCCCGCAUAAAAAAACAUUCGCUUGCUUUAUGAAAUGAUUCCAACUUUAUUUAUCCUCACUCUUCAGGUGGAUAACCGUCGCCUGAUUCUGGGCAGCCUUCUGUCCUCUUCUUUGUUUGGAUGAACACAUGAGUUUCGCUUAAAACUAAACACAAGUUGAGAUUACCCAAAGCGUCUUCAAUCACAUUUAUCGAGUGUGUGCAGACAGUGCGUGUCAUGACGACUGUCUGCAGUACCGUCUUUCAGUCCCGGCGCGCACUGCUCCUCCUCCUUACAUUCAUCCCGUUGACUUUAUAUAUACAUAUAAAUAGGUCUUUUAUAUAGUUUACAUCAGAGUUUUCAAAAAUAUAGAACUUUUUUGCGGUUAUUCGUUGACAUGCGUAGUUAAAAACAAAAUUACAAAUGUUGGACAAUAAUGGUUUUCAUGAAUUAUUUGCGUAACUAAAACUUAGUUUAUACAUUUUCUGUUAAAUCUUGUUCCUGCAAGCCAAUUUAAGCAUAUACAUAAAAUAUGUUUUUCGUAAACAAUAACUUUUUUUUGUUUUUUUUUUUUUUCGUUUUUAUACAUUUUUUUUUGGUAAGUCACAUUUUGGAAAACUUUUUGCUUUAGUUCUUUGGGAAUAUAUAAAAAUUGAAUAUUUUCAAUAUUUCAAUUUUACUUUGAAACUAAUACACUAAUCUCUAUUACAUUUCUUGUUAAGUUAGGUAAAUUAAUAGGGAACGUCAAAGUUUAAACAAAAGCAAAAAACUGUUUUUCAUAACAUGUACAGUGCGUUUCGCAGAUGUAAGGCAAAGACUUAUACACGUCGCAUUGGGCUUACAGUCACGAAACGCACUGCCUUUGUGCUAGUACAUACAUAUAAGGAAGCAUUGUCCACCACUUAGGAGUCGUUUAUCCAGCUAAUACUUGUUGCAAAACGUUUGUUAAACUAUAUAUAAUAUAUAUGAAGCGAUCGAGUCAAGCAAUAAAAUCAAAUCAAGUUUUUCUCCACAAAACAAAAAGUA